AGAUGCUUGUUCAAGAUGAUGAACCAUUGGCUGAUUUGACACAGGUGGUUGAUGUAUUUCUCGAACAAAAUCUUAUUCAACAAUGCACAGCCUUUUUAUUGGAUGCAUUAAAAAAUAAUCGUGAAGACCAAGGACAUUUACAAACUCGUUUACUCGAGAUGAAUUUAAUGCAAGCACCACAAUACGAAGCAAUCGUCAUAUGUUCAUCAUCUGAAGUUUUGAUGAAUUUUAUUUUCGAAGUUGGUGGUAGUCAAAUGAAAUCGUUGUAUGACAGUGAAUUAGCAAAACAGCCGAAAGAUUCAUCUCUAAUCAGCAUCCCAUCUAGUGGAGAAAUUCAAUCGAAAACGCUUUAUUUUCUUCCAUGGAAACCACACACAGAUAUGAAUCUCCUACGCCAGUCUAUUGAAAAAUUUGUCUCAGAUGCAAUACAACAACUUUUAAAUGAUAAUUUACACACUAUUGCAUUUCCAGCAAUUGGUUGUGGAAAAUCUGGAUGUUCAGUCGAUAUUGUAGCAAAAUCAAUGGUGGAUGAAGGAAAUCGGCAAUCAAAACUACAUAAAGACAUUUCGAUUUCAUUUAUCAUUCAACCUGAGCGAACAGACAUCUUUGAUAAGUUUAAAAAGUAUAUUGAUUCUCUGCAGGUUGCCGACAGAGGAACAGCGCGUGCUGAAAUCGAACCGAAGAUAUCAACAGCAAUCGAAAAUGGUCUAAUUGAAGUGGAAAAAGGAGAUAUCACAAAACAAAGUGUAAGUUAA